UGUUUACUUUCUUGUUGAGCAGGAAUUCAUAAUUUCCCGUAGUUAUAAACAAGGAAUGCUUGAAGUAUUAAAAUGGUGGAUGAAAAUUCAAUUGUUAAUCGAAGAUAUACUUACACGCGUGAAUGUAAAUGGCCCAUUGAAGCCAUUGACAUACACCAUAUUUUUGUUAGAAGAAGCAGGGCGAAGCGUUUCUUCAUUUAUCUGUCCGUCAUCAUUGUUUUAUCAAAAUCAUUGUUUCUUCUUCUAUCCAAGGACCAAUCAAUUCCUUUUCUUUUAUGGAGCUUUAUUUUAAGUGGAUUCUUUAUUAAGCUGUUGCUUUGGAAGCCUGUUGAAAAAGAAACUGUUAUAAUUAUGCCAGCUUUGGGAGUUCAACUUGAAACUCACUAUUUAAGCGGAAGAAUUAUACGCCAGUUUUUCCCCCUUGACAAGAUUUUGAGACCUGUAUUGCUUGAAUGUGUGACUCCAAUCACUUGUUACUGGAGCCUAUCAUUAGUUGUACGUGAUGAAGGAGAAUUGAUGCUUGUGUUCCAGGAAUUACGUCCACCAGUAAAGAUGUUAGUUCCCAUCUGGAAGGCUCUGUGUGCCAACAUUGAUGAUAAAAAAGGACUAGAUACGGAUGAUGGUUCAUGAUUUUAUAGAGUUGUAUAUCAACAAAUGUGAUUUAAUGGAGAACCACUUGUGGGCAAUACACAUUAUGGGAUAAGUGGAGGUGCAUGGUCGUCGAGUUCAACCAACUUACUGUUGUCAAUUCAACCACUCCACUUUAUGUAGAAUAUCAGGUCCUGUUGUUUGAGAUUGUUGGAGUAAGUCUGUUCGCUGAACGGGCAGCGUUAAAUCAAACUUUUCAAAGAAGAUGAACUUACAAGCUUGAGUUCUGAUCAAGGUGAAAUGCAUCUGCAGACUUAACAAGCUUCAAUGAGUGUCAUAACACUGUACACUAACUUGUUGCAUGUACAUUUGUUUUAUAAUCAAUGUGCAACCCCAUUAUGAUACUGCUAGCGAUAGUUCAGGAGGCUUUAC